CCUUCCGGCGCACCGUAGCAGUGAUGUGGCUCAGUGAGCAGUCUUCCACGUCACUAGGAAGUACCCGAGAGCCGACGGGGUAGCCCUAACACCAGGAGCUCUUCUAGUUCUUUUACUCAUGCUAAUAUUUGAAGUUGGGAAUUGAAGGCGACCGUUUGGGAUAAAAGCCGUGUUUUAGGUAUUACACUGAAGGGAACUUUACUGGGAUUCUUCUAAAUCCACCCCGUCCAACAGGCAGCAAAAAUGACGGCUGCAGAAAACGUUUGUUACACACUGAUCAAUGUUCAGUCGGACUCUGAGCCUCCUUCUGAAGUCAGCUUAAAAACAGAUCUGGAAAAGGGAGAGAUCAAAGCAAAGACCGAAGCCCUGAAGAAGGUCAUAAUCAUGAUCUUGAACGGUGAGAAGUUGCCUGGACUGCUCAUGACUAUAAUUCGCUUCGUGCUGCCACUUCAAGACCACACCAUCAAGAAGCUUCUCCUUGUUUUCUGGGAGAUUGUUCCUAAGACGACUCCAGAUGGCAAGCUGCUUCAGGAGAUGAUUCUUGUCUGUGAUGCUUACAGGAAGGACCUUCAGCAUCCCAAUGAGUUCAUCCGCGGCUCCACUCUGCGUUUCCUGUGCAAGCUGAAGGAGUCUGAGCUACUUGAGCCUCUCAUGCCAGCGAUCCGGGCCUGCCUGGAGCACCGUCACAGCUACGUGCGCAGAAAUGCAGUCCUGGCCAUCUACACCAUCUACAGGAACUUUGAGCAUCUCAUCCCAGACGCUCCAGAAUUGAUUCAUGAUUUCCUCGUGAAUGAGAAGGACGCCAGCUGUAAGAGAAACGCCUUCAUGAUGCUGAUUCAUGCAGAUCAGGAUCGAGCUCUGGAUUACCUCAGCACAUGCAUUGACCAGGUUCACACUUUUGGUGACAUCUUGCAGCUCGUCAUCGUUGAGCUGAUUUACAAGGUUUGCCACGCUAACCCCUCGGAGCGUGCUCGAUUUAUUCGUUGCAUCUAUAACCUGCUUCAGUCCUCAAGUCCAGCUGUUAAAUAUGAGGCUGCUGGUACUCUUGUGACCCUGUCCAGCGCUCCCACCGCCAUCAAGGCUGCAGCGCAGUGUUACAUCGAUUUAAUUAUUAAAGAGAGCGACAACAACGUGAAGCUGAUUGUUCUCGAUCGUCUGAUUGAACUGAAGGAGCAUCCCACUCAUGAGCGUGUGCUUCAGGACCUGGUGAUGGACAUCCUGCGUGUCCUCAGCACUCCUGACCUAGAGGUCAGAAAGAAAACCCUGCAGCUGGCUCUGGAUCUUGUCUCAUCUCGAAACGUCGAGGAGCUGGUGAUUGUUUUAAAGAAAGAGGUGAUCAAGACUAACAACGUAACGGAACAUGAAGACACCGAUAAGUACAGGCAGCUCUUGGUGCGCACGCUCCACUCCUGCAGCGUUCGAUUCCCCGACAUGGCGGCAAAUGUCAUACCUGUGCUGAUGGAAUUCCUGAGUGACAUUAAUGAGGCAGCAGCUGCAGACGUGCUGGAGUUUGUACGGGAAGCCAUUCAGAGGUUCGACAACUUGAGACCCCUGAUCAUUGAGAAGAUGCUGGAAGUGUUUCACGCCAUCAAAACUGUCAAGAUUUACCGAGGAGCACUUUGGAUCUUAGGAGAAUACUGCAGCACCAAAGAGGACAUCCAGAGUGUGAUGACAGAAGUGCGCAGGUCUCUGGGAGAGAUCCCGAUAGUGGACAAUGAGAUCAAGAAGGAGUCAGGCGAGCUGAAACCAGAGGAUGAAGUGAGCGCUGCUCCAGCUCAGAAGUUAGUGACAGAGAUGGGCACCUAUGUGACGCAGAGCGCCCUCAGCUCCUCCAGACCAUCAAAGAAAGAGGAGGAUAGACCUCCGCUCAGAGGCUUCCUGAUGGACGGAGACUUCUUUGUGGCAGCGUCGUUGGCCACCACACUAACCAAGCUGGCCCUGCGCUAUGUUUCAAUCGUACCAGAAAAAAAGAGGCAAAAUUCAUUCGUCGCUGAGGCCAUGCUGAUAAUGGUCACCGUGCUGCACCUGGGCAAGUCCUCUCUGCCCAAGAAGCCGAUAACAGACGAUGAUGUGGACCGUAUCUCGCUAUGCCUGAAGGUCCUGUCAGAGCUCUCGCCACUCAUGAAUGACAUAUUCAACAAGGAGUGUCGCAGAUCCCUGUCACACAUGCUGACCGUCAGACUGGAGGAGGAGAAACUGUCCCAGAAGAAAGAAUCUGAGAAACGGAACGUGACGGUGCAAGCAGACGACCCCAUCUCCUUCAUGCAGCUGACCGCCAAAAAUGAGAUGGCCUCUAAGGAGGACCAGUUCCAGCUCAGUCUGCUGGCUGCGAUGGGGAACACUCAGAGGAAGGAAGCUGCCGACCCUCUUGCUUCAAAACUCAACAAGGUGACCCAGCUGACAGGAUUCUCAGACCCAGUGUACGCUGAAGCCUACGUUCAUGUGAACCAGUAUGACAUUGUGCUGGACGUGCUGGUGGUCAACCAGACUAGUGAUACGCUGCAGAACUGCACCCUGGAGCUGGCCACUUUGGGGGACCUCAAGUUAGUUGAAAAGCCUUCUCCCCUAACUCUGGCCCCUCAUGACUUUGCAAACAUCAAAGCUAAUGUCAAGGUGGCUUCUACUGAGAAUGGCAUCAUAUUUGGCAACAUCGUCUAUGACGUGUCUGGAGCUGCUAGCGACAGGAACUGUGUUGUCCUCAGCGACAUCCACAUUGACAUCAUGGACUACAUCCAGCCAGCCUCCUGCACAGACGCCGAAUUCAGACAGAUGUGGGCAGAGUUUGAGUGGGAAAACAAGGUAACCGUGAACACCAACAUCAUUGAUCUGAAUGAGUACCUUCAGCACAUCCUCAAGUCCACUAACAUGAAGUGUUUGACUCCUGAAAAGGCGCUCUCCGGCUUCUGCGGCUUCAUGGCUGCCAACCUUUACGCCCGUUCGAUCUUCGGAGAAGAUGCCCUGGCUAAUGUCAGCAUUGAGAAACCCAUCCACCUGGGGCCCGACGCACCUGUCACCGGACACAUACGCAUCAGAGCCAAAAGUCAGGGAAUGGCUCUGAGCCUGGGUGACAAGAUCAACCUCUCCCAGAAGAAGUCAAAUUUCUGAAACAGCUGCUGUUCUGUUGUCACCUAUCUCCUCAUCAUCACAAUUAAAACAGCUACUUCUUCUUUUGUCCCAUCUGGUAUUGUAUUUUUGUUUUGUUUUUUGUACAUCUCCUUAUUCCUAAAUGCUACAUUUCUGCAGUCUUCUCGCUCUGUUCAUCUUAAUUUUCAAUAAACACGUGUAUUAAAACGGAAA